AUGGCAUCUGAUCUGCAACUUCUUUCUAAUGUUACACCGUCAACCACCAAUGAUAAUGUCACCAUAGAAAGUGACUUAAUGGCCUUUAUCCUCUCCCAACAAGGACUCUUCCUACCUUACCACCUAUGGCUGCUUUUCACGGACAGAAAGUUAGUCAUACCCUUUGGCAUUAGGCCAUCCAUCGAAUGA